CUGGAAGAAAAGUGGCUCCCUUGUUUUGCCAGAGCCCUCAGCCUUCACUCCUCUUGAAUUAGAGAGUUGAGUCAUCUACGAUGCCUCUUCAGUCCGGUAUCCUCCGGGAGGUGUGGACAUCAGAUGGUACAAACGAGGAGCCUGCGAGCCCUCAGCAGCAGAGACUUACUAAGCAGCCACGUUUGUUGGAACAGAAACCCAAGAAGAAAUUGCAAGAAGCUACAUUGGAAGCCAAGCCAAAAAAAUCCAGAGUGAAAAAGCAAAAGGAAUCAGGACCAGCAGAUAAACUCACUCCCCCCACUCAAGCUGCCAUCAGAAAAGUGAGAAAGAAGAAAGAAGAGAAGCCUGGAGACGAAAGUGAGAAGGACCAACAUGCCAAAGUUACUAAGGAUCCCAUUAAAAAGAAAGAAAAGCCUGCUUCCCAUCUCCACGUGGUAAAGGCACCAAAGAAGAAACAAGAGGACUCUGAAGACGAAGAUGAUGAUGAAGAGGAAGAGAGAGAAAGUGAAGACCCACCACAAAAGCCAAAAAGGAAGACCCAUAAAGACUCUCCAUCUAGUGAAAUUAAGGAAAGGAAGCCCAAAAGCAAAGGAGACAAAGCCAAUACUAAUGCCAAGACAAGGACCGUAAAGACAGUGAAGAAGGAGCCAACCUCUGUGUUCCAAGUAGAUGGGGACAAGAAAGACAAAACAGUAAAAAAGAAAGAUGUAAAAAACAGUGAGGUAGAAGAGGAUUCUGAUUCAAGCACCAGACCAAUGAAAACUGAGAAAAAGAAGAGCACUGCUUCCAUGUUUCAGGCUGGGGGAGAAAGUGCCAAAGAGAAGAAGGUAAAAAAGAAAGCUCCCCACAAAGCCACUGAACAUGAGAGCGAGGAUGACGAAGCAACUCAGAAGAACACCAACAAGAAAGGAAAGGCCAAGAAGUCCAAGAAGAAGGAAGAGAGACCACCUUCCCCUGUCAUAGAAGUGGACAAUCUGGAGGAAUUUGUGAUGCAGCCUGCUCCACAAGGAGUGACCAUCAAGUGUCGGGUCACUCGAGACAAAAAGGGAAUGGAUCGGGGACUUUAUCCUACCUACUAUCUUCACCUUGAUAAUGACAAAAAGGUGUUCCUCCUGGCUGGACGAAAACGCAAGAAGAGCACAACCUCUAAUUACUUGGUCUCCAUUGAUCCCACUGAUUUGUCUCGAGGUGGCGAGAACUUCAUUGGAAAGCUAAGAUCCAAUUUGAUGGGCACUAAAUUUUCCGUGUUUGACAAUGGCGUGAAUCCCGAAAGAGCAAAUGCAGAUUGGUCAAAUGUACGCCAGGAGCUGGCAGCGGUCAUUUAUGAAACAAACGUAUUGGGGUUCAAAGGGCCUCGAAAAAUGACAGUGGUUAUUCCAGGAAUGAAUUCUGACAAUGAGAGGGUACCAAUCCGUCCUCGAAAUGAUAAUGAUGGGCUGCUCAUGAGGUGGCAGAAUAGGAUAAUGGACAACUUAAUUGAACUGCAUAACAAAGCCCCUGUGUGGAAUGAUGAGACCCAAUCCUACGUACUGAACUUCCACGGCAGAGUGACUCAUGCUUCUGUCAAGAACUUCCAGAUUGUGCACAGCAAUGACCCUGACUACAUCGUGUUGCAGUUUGGCCGAGUAGCAGAUGAUGCUUUUACUCUGGACUACAACUACCCACUUUGUGCUGUACAAGCUUUUGCCAUUGCCCUGUCCAGCUUUGAUGGGAAGCUGGCCUGUGAAUAGAACAUCUAAGAUUUUGUUGUACUAAAUCUGGGCCAAUGAGGCAAAAGUAUAUCCAUUUUGGACGGGCUACUGCAGGAAAGUUUUCUUAAUGAUACAAGGCAACUUAAGAUGGUGGGAAGAGGAAUUCAGCUGAUAAUACGGCAUGUUGCCAAUUUAUGAAUGGGGAAAUCAAUCAAUAAGCAUAAAUGUACAGUAUAUUUCCAGAGUAGGCUUAGCUGGUAACUCUUUAUGCAUACAUGUCCUUUGUAUUUGCUUUAUGGAAGAAGCAGUGCUCAAAUGCAGGAAACAACUACUUUAAGCUGCAAUGUUUUGGGACUGUGAGUGUAGGAAACCUUUCCUUUAUGUUUUUCUUUUUAUAUAUAUAUAUUUUAAAUUUGCUCUUUCCCAAGGGAUUUGGAACCAGGUCCCUAUCUCAGGCUAUCAAAUAGUCACUUAUAUACUUAACAAUCAAGACUGGUUGUUGAUUGAUUCAAAAGAGUACAGUAUUUCACUUUUUUAGAUGAUUUGCAAGGUGGAUAGGCAGUUGUGUUUGGUAAUUUAUUAUUUACCUGGGGAAAGGAAGCUGCACUUUUGCCCUGCACUGAUAAUGAACAAUAAAAGAGCAACUGGUGGGACAAAUUCCUUUGUUGUCCUUUUUAAACAUCUUGGCCUGCCCAGAUGGCCAUUAGAUUGUUGUGAGGAGAUGCCUAAUUACAGUGGAGGGUGGGGGUGGGGGUAGAAUGAACAUCUGGAGGAGGUCAUUCCUUACCUUCCCCAGAGACAUUCUUCCUAAAAUGCCCCCUCCUUUAGCACCAAGGGAGGCUUUUUCAAAAGCUCACUGCACCAUGGAAGGGGAAAGAGGAAAUUCCUUAUCUCUAAUCACUGACUAGAGAUAAAGCCAGCAGGACACUAGUGACCAGAUGAAAACCUUUUGCCCUAUCAGCUCAUAUGCUAAAGCUCCCUCAUUCCUUUGUUGCAGUUUAGUGAUUUAAGCUGGUUGGUCAGAAGUUGCUUCUUUAGAGGGUCUGAUUGAUUUAGAGCUGGAUAUGCAGAUCUGGUCUCUUUAAAUAGUACCAGCUAGCACUGUGCAUCCCAACUCUUGGAGUGGUGAGAAGUUUAGAGGUGCAGCAGCACUACUUAGUAACCUUUGUGAUGAGGCCACUGGAGCCUUACAGCUGUUUUGUUAUAUUUGUGCUUAUUUACAAAUACAGUAUGCAGUCUAUUGAGCAUAGUUGGAGGGCCAUGGAUUAAUACUUCUGCAGACAAGCUCAGUUCUGUCUCUGUCCCUUAUCUUCCCAUACACAAACAAGUUAAAUGACAUCUGUAGCCAAGGGAGGGAGAAGGUGGAGGAUAAAAGACAUGCCUGUCUUUGCCAACAUGGUCCUCCUUUUCCAGACCAUUUCUGCCUAUUUCCUUGUCACUCAAAGGAAGAUGUU